AUGUUACAAGAAUUUAAUGAAAAUAUUAAUUCAUCUUAUCAAUCAAAUUCAUUAUGGAAUAAAAAUUUUCAUAGAAAUACAUCUUUAUUAUUUUCAUUUAUACUUUUUUUUGCUUAUGCUAUUAUAUUUUUAAUUGGUCUUAUUGCAAAUAUAUUUGUUAUUAUUGUUAUUAUAAAAUUUCGACGAAUGCGUACAUUAACAAAUCGUUUUUUACUCAAUCUUGCUAUAUCCGAUCUUCUAGCAACAUUAAUUUGUAUACCACCAAAUGCUUAUCAUCAUUAUGACAAACGUUGGAUAUUUGGAGAAUUUCUUUGUCGAUUUGUUCCAUUCAUACAGGGUACAUCUGUAGCUGUUUCAAUUUUUACAUUAAUGGCUGUAAGUGUUGAUCGUUUUAUUGCUAUACAUAAACCAAUGCAUUCUAAAUUAUUAUGUACAUCAACAAGAAUUUUUGUUAUAAUUGGAAUAAUAUGGAUUGCUUCUUUUCUUCUAAUGAUUCCUUUAAUAGUACAUCAUAGAAUAAUUAGUCUAUUUGAUACAACAGUAACAACAUGUGCUGAAGAAUGGCAUCAAAAUAUGAAUGCUCGAUUAGUCUAUGAUUUUAUUCUACUUGUUGUCCUUUUCAUAGUACCAUUAACACUUAUGACAUAUUGUUAUAUUCGUAUAAGUUUUUCUCUUUGGUUCAUUGAUUCAAAUGUUCGUAAACCAUUACCAACAUCAUCAACAGCAACAACAAUAAAUACUGCACGUUUUUCAGGACUAUCAGAUGAUAUUCCUCAUAAUGAUAUGAAAGAAAUUCGACAACAACUAUCACCAAAAAAUCGACCAUACUAUAUUCAUUAUCAUAAAGUAAAUGAAAAUGAUUCUCAACGAAAACAAAAAGAAAAUCAAAAUAAAGAUGAAUAUCGUUUAUUAGUUAAUUUAUCUGGAAAAAAAUUUAUAUCAAAUCGACCAGUACGAAGUACAACAAUAAAUGAUAUUAAACCAAAAUCAUUUUCUAUAACACCCACAACAACAACAACAACAACAAUAACAGUACCAACAACUGCACGUGCAAUAUGUCGUCGUUCAUCGUCACUUAUUGGUCGACAUUUUGGAGAAAAUACUUAUACUAAUAAUCAUUUAAAUCAACUUCAACAAACAAGACAAAUAUCAUUACGAACUCGACAUUCACCAAGUCCACAUACUAGUAGAAUACAUCGUUCAAGUUUUACAUCUUUACAAAGUCAAAACAGAAUUAUUGGUAGUACCAUUCGAAGAUUAAAUGGCAAUAAUCAUAACAAUACUACUACUAAUAAUAAUAAUAAUAAACGUCGAUCAACGGUAGAUAUUGAAUAUUCAAGUCGAUUUUUAAAAAGUCGUCGACGUGUUGUUAAAUUAUUAAUUACUUUAGUUAUUGUUUUUUUUAUUACACGCCUUCCAUUAAAUAUACUUUCUAUCUAUAUUGAUAUAACAUCGCAUACUUAUUUACCUGAAAAUACAUUUACAAAUAGAACUAAAUCAGAAAUAAUCGACGAAACAAAUGUUGUUUUUUCAUCAGAUGUAACAAAUGCAGAUAGGAAAAUGACACUUGUUCUUUAUGUUAGUCCUAUUUUACAAUUAAUUUCCUUAUCAAAUUCUGUUAUUAAUCCAUUAUGUUAUUGUGUUAUGAGUCAUGCUGUUAAAAAUAUAAUUAUACUUAUACGACAAAAAUUACGUCGACGUGGACAAAACAAAGCAUCAGCAUUACCAUUAACACAACGGCCUGUUGCACGUAAUCAAUCAGUACAAAGAAUGAUACAACAUCGAAAUUCAUUUGACAAUGACAUAUUAGUUCAUUGA